AUGUGGGAACUUGAUGGAAUGUGCGAUACUGCUGUUGAUAACUUGAUAAUUCAUUUUGAUCCCGAUUCAACCGACACUGCUUCUGAAGGAAUGCUUAGUACAGAAGAAUUUAGGAAAACUGAAGGAGAAGAUAUUGAUCAAAUAGUUUUUAAAUGGUUUUCGGCUAUUAGAGGAAAGAACAUUCCAGUUAGUGGAGUACUGUUGCAAGAAAAGUCGAAAGAAGUUGCCGAAAGUUUAGGAUUGCAGAACUUUAAGGCCUCUAAUGGAUGGCUGGAGAAGUUUAAACUACGUCAUAAUAUUACUUUUAAAACUGUUUGUGGGGAAGAAAAAUCUGUAGAUUUGCAGUGUGUUACAGAAUGGCUGGAAAUAUUGACAGAAAUUUGUGAAGGUUAUGAAGCUAAGGACAUAUACAAUGCUGAUGAAACUGGACUGUUUUUCAGAGUUUUGCCAAAUAAAACCUUAUGUUUUAAAGGAGAAAAGUGUUCUGGCGGAAAAAGUUCUAAGGAACGGUUAACUGUGUUACUCUGCUGUAACUCGGAAGGAGAAUUUGAAGUACCACUUGUAAUUGGUAAGGCAAAAAAACCUAGAUGUUUCAAAAACAUUAACCCAAAAACCUUAUCAGUUCAGUGGUAUUUCAACAGAAAGGCAUGGAUGACUCAAAAUAUAAUGAUAGAAUGGCUAACUGCUCUUGAUGACAAAAUGUGCAAAACAAAUAGGAAGAUUUUGUUAUUUCUUGACAAUUGUAGAGCACAUCCACAAAAUUUAAAAUUGAAGGCUGUGAAAUUGGUAUUUUUUCCACCAAAUGCUACAUCUGUGUUGCAGCCUUUAGACCAAGGCAUUAUUCAAAACUUUAAAGUUGGAUAUAGGAAAUUGUUUUUAAGGCAUGUUAUUUCGCAAGCUUCCAGUGAAAACAGUGCUCAGCUCGCAAAGUCCGUGAAUGUAUUGAAUGCAAUCCAGUGGAUCACUAAAGCGGUUUCCUCAAUAUCCAAAAGUUGCGUUCAGAACUGUUUUAAAAAAUCAGGCUUUAAAAUCCAAGGUGUAAUAGUCAAUGAAAGUAACAACGAAGAAAAUGAACUCUCCGAACUUGCUCGAGUCACUGGCUGUGAUAUUCCGAUUAACGAUUAUAUAGCGAUAGAUGAAAAUUUAUGCACUGAUGACACCAAUGAGGAUAUCACUGCUUUCAUCUCUGAGAAAAUUGAAGAUGCAGGAGGAAGUCUUCCAGAGGAUCUUGAAAGUAGUGAGGAAGAAGAAGAGCCAGAAGAAGAUUGCAAAAUCAAAAAUUAUAGUGAUGCUUUAAGACAUAUCACACAGUUGCAAAAGUUUAUGUUGAUAAAUGGUGACAGUGAAGGACUCGGACUCAUUAGCGACUUUAGUAUACAUGUACAGAAAAAUGCGUCUAAAUUACGUGCUGCAAAACAAACCCUUGUAACAGAUUACUUGAAAUAA